AUGUUCUUAAGUUUCUUAUUCUUAAAGGCUCAUUCACUCAGCAUCAAAGUGAAUGACGAAAAGGCGAAUUAUGAUAUUUUUGAUGGUGAAAAUUCCUUAUCCGAGAAUUCUGAUGGCUUGUAUAUCAGAUAUUUGUUAAAAAAUAAUAAGUAUCCAACAAAGAAGGACGAUGGAACAUAUAAAACAGCAUUGGAAGCUAGAGCCCUUGGAAUUAAUACUGAAUAUUCGUAUACACCCGUUGAUGCCGAUUCCAACAUUAUUAAAGUUACAACAAAGAUCACAUCCUCCGUUUCAAAGUAUUCAUGGUUCGGAUUUACUUGGAAUGCAUAUUUAGGUUCAAAACUCUUCAAAGUAUUUGAAACAACUAACAGUCAUUAUGGAUUUGUCCUACAAAAUAAGUCAACAACAAGUCUUGCAUAUACUAUUCUUUUCUUAGGAUAUGAAGAUGCAACAAACCGAUUGGGGAGAAGUUUCAUUCAUAGAUUUACUAUUUCUCCAGAGAGGACAUUUACAAACUCAUCAAAACAUAUGUAUUCUACCAAUGCUGAUAUUUUCACAGCUUUUUGGAAUGCCAAAAUUACACCAGAUGAACCAGUGGAGAUAAUUUAUUAUCUUGCAAAAGGCAUAUAUGAUCCACCUAGUUUCUAUGUCAAUGGAGGAGUUACUGUUAAAGAGUCAUAUGAAGUAGGCGAAACAUUCAGUGUUCCAGUCAAGCAUGGAUUCGCCAAGACAGGAAGAUCAAGCAUAGCAUGCUAUGAAAUCUAUGAUAGCAACGGAAAGGCAAUUGAAUUUCAUGAAGUCGACACAUUCACGAGAGAUUCAUCUGAUGUUGAAAAAGAAUACCAGUAUAAUAUCAAGUUACCAGAAACAUCAGGUCAAUAUACAAUCAAACUAUUCUCGAAGUAUGAAACAUUCAAUUCGACAUCUGUUAAAUAUCUUGUAACAGUUCAAAAUUCAAAUGCUGUACCAACACUAUCAUUGCUAGACAUUCAACCAGACGAAGAUGGAAACUAUGAAGGAAGUAAGGAAUCACCAAUUAAGAGAGAUCACAACGGACACUACACGAUCCACGCCGUUUAUGGUAUAGAUGCAUCAGGCGCUAAUGUCAAGCUCAACUAUCAAUUUUGGAACUACAGCGAUGAAACAUUGUACAGUAAAGGCACUCUUGAUGAAUUCACAACAAAUGAUAAUAUAACUAAAGAAAUCAGAAAAGACAUUGAAAUGCCAGAAGUAGAUGAAAUCUUCUACUUAGUACUUCAAUCUGUUUCAGGAGAUAAGAACUCAGAAGAACAAAAGCUCUAUUUCCUUAUUUACAAUGAAAAAAUACAACUUUCAUUCGAAUCAAAGCCACCAUCAGCUAUUGAAGUUGGAACAGAGUAUUCAUUUGUUUUUACUGUUAACGAUACAGACGAUAAUUCUCUUUUAUUCAGGUAUACAGUUGAUGGAGAUGGAUCUGAUGAUCCAGUUCAAUUUGGAAAAACAGAACAAACAACAAAAUAUACAUUCAAAUGGACUCCAACAUCUCAAUAUGUUAACAAAGAAGUUACAUUAGUUUUCUAUUUCAACGAUACUGUCAAAGAAGCACAUCUUACAUCGAAGCAUACAAUAUUACCAAAGACACCAAAAUUCGAACUCAUCGAUCAAAUUGAUAAGGACAGAUAUCGGCAUGAUGAAGAUUUUGUCAUCCAUGCACGAUAUGGAUAUGCAGAGAGUGGCGUUACAGUCAAAGCACAAUAUGAACUCGUCAAUGAUGAUGGAUUCACACAAAGUGGUGAGCUCGGUCAUUUUGUUACAACAACAUCGAAAUUAUAUGAUGAAUUAGUCUCAACGAGAAUCCCCCUUCCCGAAUCUGAAGGCGAUUACUUCAUCAGAAUAUGGGUAUCAGCAAAUUCUGUCAAAUCAGAUCCAGUAUGGACAAUGACAAUUCAUAUUUACAAUGAACCCAUUAAAUUAGUAUGGGUGGAACCAAUCGCAGAAAACGUUGAAAUUUCAAGGAGGUAUUCAUUUAGUGUUACAAUUUCUGAUGAAGAUGAUACAACAGUUGAUAUUUCAGCUGGAAUCGGUAAUGAUAGAUCAGAUAGAAGAACACUUUCUUUGACACAGACAAGGAGUUCUGUUGAGACAUUCACAUUCACAGCUCCACCAAGUACAGGUUCUAUUGAAUAUUACAUCGUUGGAAGAGAUUCAAGUUCCGAAGUGAGCAUACACAGAACAUUCAACAUCACCGAUCACGCCCCACCAGAACUUACUCUUACAAGGGAUGUUCAAACCGAGAUCCACCAUGACAAAGAUCUGUAUGUAUACUACACGUUCGGUGUUAAGCGUGCAGGCGAAACAGUCAAAGCAAUAUACGAGUUGUAUGAUUUCUCGACAGGCCAGCUUGUCGAAACGAAAGAACUUGAUCAUUUCACAACAGAAAACGGUCUAGACAAUCAGAUUUCAGUUGAAGUUGAAUCAGCAAUUCCGAUACCCGAAGAAGAAAAGACAUACAAAUUGAAGUUGUUUGCUAAGGUUGGUGAAGAAACAUCAACACCAGUCGAAAUCGAUGAGAUCAGAGUUCUCAAUUCUCGAAUCGAUUUGAGUUUUGCCGAAGAAUACAAUAAGGAAGUUCAUGUUGGCGACGAAUGCCAAUUCAAGAUCAAAGUUACAGACAUCGAUGACAACAGCCUCAAAUUCAGUUAUUCUAUCAACAAUAUCCAGAUUGGUGACGAAACAACUAUCACCAAAAAUAGCGAAUCCACCGUUUACACACACAAGUUCACACCUGACGACAGCUAUGCAAACAAAGAUGUCACAAUCACAUUCACAUUCGGUGAUGACAAUAGGAAAUCUUCUAUUGAUGCCACAUUCAAAGUUCUUCCAAAUUCAGAACCAACUAUUCAUCCUUCGCAAUCGGUACCUUCAUCUAAAAUAAAUGAAAAUUCUUCAGGAAACAAUAAUGAUCCAAAAAGUAGGGGUGGAAAGACGAAUCCAGGAAAAACAGCGGGAAUUGUAAUCGGAGUUAUUAUUGCUAUUCUUGUGGUUGCAGCAAUUAUUAUUAUCACUAUUAUCUUGAUGAAGAGAAAGAAAGAUAAUGGUUCAGCUAACGAUGAUACAAAUAAUGAUUCAAUAGACAUGAUGAACGAAGAAACGCGUACAACAGUCACAGGUGAAGAAUAUGCUACAGCUGAUAAUCCGCUUUUUUCAACAGCAGAUGUUGAUGCAGGUAUUGACUCAGAUUCUCCAGAUGGAGAAAAUGUCUAA